CUCUCUGGUUUAGUUCGUCGUGGAAAGUCGAACAGAGCAGACGUGUACGAUGUCCGAAAGCUUUAAACUUGGUGAUCUUGUGUGGGCCAAGAUGAAGGGGUUCAGCCCUUGGCCCGGCCGGGUAGCCAUCCCUACCCCGGAGCUCAAGCCUCCCAAGAAGGCGAUGAACGUCCAAUGCAUUUAUUUCUUCGGAACCAAUAACUAUGCUUGGAUCGAGGACAACAACAUCAAGCCUUACCAGGAGUAUAAGGAGCAGCUCAUCAAGUCCUGCAAGACGGCCGCCUUCAAGGAGGCUGUUAACCAGAUUGAGGAGUUCAUUGUCAACCCUGAGAAAUUCGGUGACCUCGACGAGCAUGCAGUCAACGCUGAGGAAGAGUUUGACAAACUGAAGGAUGUCAUGGAGGAAGAGGAGAAUCAGGAGGAGAAGCCAGCUGACGAGGAAGUGGCCGGCCCUGCUUCUGAGCCUACCACCUCUAAGAAGAAGAGCGCUACUCCUAAGAUACGUUUGGGCAUUUCAAAGGUCAAGCCUAUAAAACGGUCGUCGUCAGCCGGCACCAAGUCGACUCCUCGUAAGAAGAGUAAGGGCGUCUCGCGGUCUUACACGGACAUCGAGACGGCCAAUGAGAAGCCGUCGAUGCUGAACCACUCCUUCUCGAAGAAAUCCAGUCUGCUGCAUCGCCCGUCUAAUAUUCGACGCCCAGACACUCCACCGCUAGACCUGGAGAAUGUAUCAGAGACGCUGCUAGAGAAGAACAUCCAGGCUUCUCAGAUGAAGUUCGGCUUCCUCGGGCUGGGCAUCAUGGGCAGCGGCGUGGUGAAGAACCUUCUCAACUCAGGACAUAAGGUGGUCAUCUGGAACAGAACUGCCGCUAAGUGUAAAGACUUCGAGAAGGUGGGAGCCACGCUAGCGACGACACCCUGUGACGUGGUGGAAGAGGCUGACAUCACCUUCUCAUGUGUCGCAGACCCUCAAGCAGCUAAAGAGAUGGUGUUCGGUAACUGCGGCGUGCUGCACUGUCCCUCGCUGGAGUCCAAAGGCUAUGUGGAGAUGACGUCGAUAGACUCGGACACCUCACACGACAUCGUGGAAGCUAUUAGCGGGAAGGGAGGACGGUAUUUGGAAGCCCAGAUCCAAGGCUCAAAAACGCAAGCAGAAGAAGGCACGCUGAUAAUCCUCGCGGCCGGAGACAGAUCACUGUUCGACGACUGCCAGUCCUGCUUCAAGGCGAUGAGCAAGAACUCCUUUUACCUUGGUAGCGACAUCGGCAACGCGUCGAAGAUGAACUCGGUGCUGCAGGUGGUGGGCGGCGUGUCGCUGGCGGCGCUGGCGGAGGGGCUGGCGCUGGCCGACCGCGCCGGCCUCAACCAGGCCGACCUGCUCGACGUGCUGGCCCUCACGCCGCUCGCCUCGCCGCACCUCAUACUCAAGGGACGAGCAAUGAUAGAAUCGUCGUACUCAACCCACCAGCCUCUAAUGCACAUGCAGAAGGACCUCAAGCUAGCCCUAGGUCUUGGAGACACCCUGGAGCAAUCCCUUCCUCUCACAGCCACCACCAACGAGAUCUUCAAGCAUGCCAAGCGCCUCGGCUACGCGAACCAUGAUGUCGCCGCCGUAUACAUCCGCGCUAGGUUCUGAGCUCAGGACAACGGGACCUGCGAUUCUGUGACCUUAAUUACACAAAAUAAUGAAACAACACAGUAAUUUGUUACUCUAAAUCUGUCUAGUAGGAUAUUUGGCCAUUACUUCCGCAAUUCUUGGUGAGUUUGAAGUUUGACUGCGCGGGAGAAAUUUUAAAAACGUAACUGCGUCAGUAAAAUCAAACUUGCCAAGUAAUUUUAGAAGGUAGUGUAAUUAUUUCCAAGAUCUUACUGCAUGGAUGAUAAACUUUCAGAGUGGUUGGUGUCUCCUCAGACAUAGGUAUCUUCUACUUUCUGUGUUUGAAGUGACUUUUAUAAAAGAAUUUGGUAGGAGAUUGAGAAAGAAAGAAUGAAAAGAGUGGCAUGGGUAAUAUCUAUGCCAUGUUCGUAGGUUAGUAAAAAGGAAUGUUAUAUGGUGCCUACGGGUUUAUAUUUUAAAGCAAGUAUCUUUUUAUGAAACCAAAGGGUAUAUAAGUAACAAAUAAAAGAUAUUCCGUAAGUCACUUCAUUCAACUAUUCGAAUCUUAGGUCAUCGAACUAUUGACGAUACAAUAUUAUUUUAGUAUAUUCAGUUCAAAAAUAUUGAUUUGUUGCGUGAUUCGUGCAUUUAAAAAUCAAGGAAAUUCAGGGUAUGUUCGUUGAAAAUAUUCGAUGAUUAUUAUUUUAUUGCGUAAAUAAUUAUGUUUUUAUCAAAACCAAUAUGAAUUUUCAAAAUAUCGGCUCAAAAUUGCAAUCAAAAGAAAUAUUUGUAUAAAUCGAAUGACCAAUCUUGUCUCAUUAAUCGAAGUUCUAAAUAUAUUUUUAUGAAACUUGUAACGUAUUUUAAUCGCCAAGAAUUCUCAUUUCUGUCUGUGUGCAUAACAGUGAGAACGCGUGUCCAUGGUAAUGGACAAAAUGGGUAAUUUUAGAUAUAAAUAGUGGACUUUUAAAAGUAUUGUUUUUAAGCAGUGCUUGUAAAUAUAGCAUUUUAUUACAAAGUAGAGUAGCUUCCUCAUUUUAAAUUCGUCACAAAGUUGUGUAUAUUACUUCCAUUUAGUUGGACAUAAAGGCUUCGGCUGUGUCAUAUGCCUGCGCUUAAGCAUCCAUGAAACAUGACGAUAUUUAAAUGAAGGAGCUACUCCGUAUGUAUUUUAGCUACUCAUGUGACUUAAUGUGCAAAUGAUUUAAUCAAUAUAUGUAUCAAUGUCUAAUAUGAAAACGAGUAAAUAAGCUAUACUAUUAAACACAAGUUAAAUCAAUUUCAGUGUUGUAUUAGACAGUUUUAAAAUUACAUUAGCCAAUUUUGAAAUAUCUUGAAUGUUGUAAUACCUCAGGAUAAUUUGAUGAUGAUAAUUCAAUAUUAAUUAGUAAAUGUUCGCAGUCACAGAACCGUAAGCGUCCCAAAUAGAACAUUGAAUUAAUUUUAUUGUGGAAAUGUUAAUAUAAGACAAUCUAUUAGAUAAGUCACAAUGCAACGUCUGUUUACUUGAAUAAACGGUUUACACUAAUACCUUCUCAUUUUAUUGUAGUGUUGCAAGAAGAACGUCGUAAAUUAAGUAUUUUACUAUAGUGAAUUUUCGGAAAUAAUUUAAACCCUAUUUUUGACGAAUAUGAAUGUUUUUAACCUUGAAUCAUGUUUUGUAAUAGUUUAAUUUGAAGUCAAGUAUGCGGGGACGUUCCUCAAUAGUCUCGGUUUUAGUUUAAGAUUUAAUUGACGAGAAUCAUGUUGAGUUGUUAUCUCCCGAGUGGUGUAUGUUGCGUUAUAUUACGUAUUUCUCAAUUUAUUGUCAUCCUAUGAUAAGCUACAAUAAACUAUGAUUAAUAAAUAAUA